CCUUGGGCCUUGGCCGGCGACAACUUGAUUCCCCCCACCCCCCGACUCCAAUGCGCGCUCUCUCUCUCUCUCUCUACCAUUAACGUACUCCACAUCUUUCUCUCUCCUCUCGCAAAAUCCCUAGCUAGCUAGCUACUGCCCUUUCCUCCUCAGCUUCUUCUCUCACUAGAAUUCUCCCUGCCGCCGCUCGACUUAAUCAAUCAAUCAACCUCCUUCGCCCGCUCUCUUCGUAUCAUCACACGAAAAAACCAUUAAAAGAAAACCCCCCUGCGACCCUGAUGAUGCAAUUCUCAGAAAACGCGCCACCACAAGCGCCGCCGCCUAAUCUCCACCCAGACGCCCUGGGCCUCUGCCUCGACCUCCCUCCGCCAAACACCACAAGGCCCACAACCAACCCAUGGCCCACGUCUACCAAACUCUCCAACACCACCGCCUUCAGCUCCGCCUCCUGCAUGGAGCACCUCCUCGUCCACUGCGUCGCCGUGGACCGCAACGACCCCACCUGUGGCCACCAGCCCAUGUGGUCCUCAACACCAUCGCUCCUCCGACGGCGACUCCCACCAGCGCUAACCUCUGCCUUCCUCCGCUCUUUGAUUCUCCGCGCUUCCAACUCCGGCCGCCGCCUGCCCUGCCACCUGUCCCUCUCCCACGGCGAUCUCACCCUCCAUCGCUUCGCCCCUCAUCUCGCUUCUUUCGUCGAUCUAACUCCGUUUCAUCGGUUUGGGUACUCUGCUGCUAAUGCUGCCAUCUUGGACGCCGUCGAGAACUUCCCUCUUCUACAUGUUGUCGAUCUGUCGACGACGCACUGCAUGCAGAUGCCAACGCUCAUUGACGCCCUCGCUUCUCGGCCGGAGGGCCCGCCCUAUAUAAAGCUCACCGUAGCCCUGCCCUGAUCGGCAGCGGCCUCGUCCAUCUCCCCUCCGCCGCUGCUGGGCUGCUCCUUAUGAAGAUGUCUCGGCGCUCGCCUUUGUUACUUCGCUCGAUCACGAAAUAUCGGGAUGGUUAGGGUAAUUCCCUCCACGCCUGCGGACGGAUUCGAAACCUUAAUGGAGCAGUUAAAGCUGCAGAAAGUGGUCGGACCGCCGCCGGACAUCAGCGAAGCGCUAGUGGUCAACUGUCAUAUGAUGCCACAUUAUAUCCCUGACGAUGAAGCGUGUUCGCCGUCUGGAUUAUCGCCGAGGUCGAUGUUCUUCAAGAAUCUGCGUGAACUAGAGCCUAUGCUGUUAACGCUAGUCGACGAGGAUGUUGACCUAACAGCCAAUGAUGUGGUGACGAGACUGGGAGCGGCAUUCAAUUACCUGUGGAUACCGUAUGACGCGGUGGAUACGUUUCUGCCGAGGGGGAGCGAGAGGAGGAGGUGGUACGAGAGCGAGAUAGGGUGGAAGAUAGAGAAUGUGAUAGGGUAUGAGGCUGGGGAGGUGAAGGGGAUGUUGGAUGAGCAUGCGGCAGGGUGGGGGCUGAAGAAGGAGGAGGAGACUGAUUUGGUGCUUACAUGGAAAGGCCAUAAUGUUGUGUUCGCUACUGCUUGGGUGCCUUGUUGAUGGAGGGGAUUCGGUUGUAUUUUGAAUUUCAUGGAUGGAUUUAAGAGGUUUUGAACGUACUAAAUGAACAUGUUUAAACACAUGAAAUUGGGUGAUAAAGAUGAAGGUAUCAAGUUAAUUCUUGGGUGCCUUCUUGAGGAAGAUGAAGGUGAAGAAGUGACCGAAUUGGAUUGUAUAUGAAUUUCAUAUGGAUGUAAGAGGUUUAAU